AUCAAACAGUUGCCAAACAUUAUAUCAGAAAAAGGCAUGCUUGGCCUUGCUGUAGAGUGUUUGUAUCUGAAAAGUAAACGAAUCCUUUUGGAAAAAUGACAAAUUUGUCAGGAAAUUUAUAUAUAACUCUGUAGCGCGAAGAAUUCACGAAAUACAAAUUCUUCGUAGCUAAAAGACAUGACUCUGCCUGGGAAGUGUCCGCUCAAAAGUAUCACUACAUAGCAUCUACACAAGUAUCGAAAAGGUCCAUGGAAUACCGGCUUGGAAGCAGCAGAGGUUAAACUUUGGAUGUUCAUUAAUCUUUCAAACUCGCACUCAACACUGCAGUCCAGAAAGAGAACUACUGACAAGUGAACUGUACGCAUCCUGUGUGGUUUAACGAGAAAGAAAAAAAUGUUUAAAAACACGUUUCAAAGUGGAUUUCUAUCCAUUUUGUACAGUAUUGGUAGCAAGCCACUCCAGAUUUGGGAUAAGAAAGUGCGAAAUGGACAUAUCAAGAGAAUAACUGAUAAUGACAUUCAGAGUUUGGUGUUGGAAAUACUUGGUAGUAAUGUGAGUACGACAUACAUCACUUGUCCUGCUGAUCCAAGAAAGACACUGGGUAUAAAGUUACCAUUUUUGGUAAUGAUCAUCAAAAACUUGAAAAAGUAUUUCACCUUUGAGGUUCAAGUAAUCGAUGACAAGAACGUACGACGUCGUUUUCGUGCCAGUAACUAUCAAUCGACAACUAGGGUAAAACCAUUUAUUUGUACAAUGCCAAUGCGAUUAGAUGAUGGGUGGAAUCAGAUACAAUUCAACUUAGCAGACUUUACACGCAGGGCAUAUGGAACAAACUAUGUGGAAACAUUGAGAGUUCAAAUUCAUGCCAACUGCAGGAUACGCAGGGUGUAUUUUUCAGAUAGACUUUAUUCGGAGGAUGAAUUACCAGCAGAGUUUAAAUUGUUCCUUCCGAUUCAGAACAAAGCAAAGUGUUGAGAUUAAGAAAGUGCCUAUUUAAAAGUAAUUUAAUCUAAAAAGACUAUGUUUUUUGUUAAAAAGUGAUUCAGAAAGAAUAUCAAAACCACACUUGAAAAUCUUUAUCAGAAAAGUAAAAGGGACUCAUUAUACAGUUUCUUUGCUUGUUUCACUUUAUUCAAUACGCACAAUAAAAAAUGGUGUAUAAUGUUCAAUACAACAUUUUUCCUUAUGUUACUUAA